AUGUUUGCCUUCACGUCUCUUGGUGGUAAAGUUCUGGAUUCAGUGAAUGAUGGGAGUGGUCCACCGCAGUUUAUAAUAACUGGUCAAAAUUAUCAUCGGAUUGGAAGUUUGCUCCCGGAUCCUGGUUUAUAUCUGUCAUUGCAUAGUUAUAUUGUGUUUUAUUCCCGUUAUAAUGCGCAAACAUCUGAGAUAGAUAGAGAAUUGAUAACUGAGUUGUUGCAAAUGAUCGAUACUCAUAACGUCAUAGCACAGUCAUUUCGAAGAGUCAGAGAAUUCUAUCAGUGUCAUCCAUCCGAGAUCUUCUCUUUGAAGUUGCAUUCGCAUAGGAAGGUUGAUCGAAGAACUUACAAUUCUCCCUCUUGUGAUGAAGUUGCUGCUUUGAUUGUUGGAGAUUUUGAUUCGUCGGAUCAUGGUCAUGACAUUAUUUAUCCGUUGUUGUUUCCAUAUGGCGAGAAUGGUUACCAGUUGAAUAUUCCUUAUCGGGGUCAAGUUGAUGGAUAUGUCCCUGGAAGGAGGACAAGGGUUUCUCUCAGGGAAUUCAUAUGUUUUUGUCUGCAGAUUAGGGAGCAAGAAGAUGGAAUUAUUCACAAGUGUAGCCGAUUAUUUCAACAAUUUGUUGUUGACUGUUUCACCAUGAUUGAGUCGCAAAGGUUGUAUGAGAUUAGAAUGAAACAAAGUACAAUUAGAGGAGAAGUGCUUCAAGGAAUAGAGGAGGCUAUGCAUCGUGGUGAUGACGAAGCUUCUUCAAUUGGGACACAAGUCAUCUUGCCUUCUUCCUUCACUGGUGGUAGACGUUAUAUGUUUAACCAUUGUCAGGAUGCGAUGGCAAUCUGUAAACAUUUUGGCUAUCCAGAUUUAUUCCUCACUAUUACGUGUAAUCCAAAUUGGCCUGAAUUUCAGCGAUUCACAGAGCGAGAGCGAAUUCCCAUCGCUGAUCGUCCUAAUAUCUCUUGUCGUGUCUUUCAUGCUAAGUUGAAAUGCCUGCUAAGUGCUCUUUAUAAUGUUGUCACCAAGUAUAUGAUCCAUGGUCCCUGCGGUCGACUUAGACCGAGUUUUCCUUGCAUGAAAGAUGGUAAGUGCUCAAAGUUUUAUCCGAAAAGAUUCGUUGACCAAACGAGCUUUGAUGAAGAUGGCUAUCCGAUAUAUAGACGUCGUAAUAUGGGUGUGACAGUGAAGAUCAACGAUGUUGAUAUUGACAACAGAUUUGUUGUGCCCUAUAAUCCACUGUUGUUAAUGAAAUAUCAAGCUCACAUAAAUCUUGAGUUCUGUAACAAGUCAAACUUUAUCAAAUAUCUUUUUAAGUAUAUCAAUAAGGGUCCAGAUCGGGUGACUACAACUGUUGGAGAAACAUAUCAUGUUGGUGAAUCUUCUCAGGUGGUUGAUGAGAUCAAGCAGUAUUAUGAUUGUCGUUAUUUAUCACUGUCUGAAUCCAUGUGGAGAAUUUUUGCUUAUGAUAUUCAUCAUAGAUGGCCGUCAGUACAGAGGUUGACUUUUCACUUGUCGAACCAGCAACAUGUCGUAUUCGAUGAUGCUGAUAUCACUACUCAGGUUUAUUUGCACAAUAAAGAUUUGCUGACGAUGUUUACGGGUUGGAAGAUGGCCAACAUGUGGUUUCCGGAUGGGCGGUCUUUAACAUAUGCUGAAUAUCCAGGCAAAUUUGUCUAUUGUUCAAAAUUUAGGGAGCGGAAGCCGAGACAGAGGGGAUUCUCAAUUGGAAAAUUGAGUUUCGCUCAUUCCUCAUCUGGUGAACUUUUCUAUAUGCGGAUGCUUUUGAAUGAGGCAUGUUCUGCCAUGGGAUUCUUGAUAGAUGAUAAGGAGUAUGUUUCUGCUAUUAAGAAAGUCGCUGAGUAUGAUACUGUUUCUUUGACUCGUGAGCAUGAUGCAAAUGUCUUAAAGUUAAAUGAAGAACAGAGGGUGGUCUACGAUAAAAUUAUUGAUUGCGUUUCGAAUAAGAGUAGUAUUGCUUCUCUGUUGUUACCUGGUGGUAAGACGGCGCAUUUUAUGUUCAAUAUUCCUGUUGAACUGACUGAAGAUACUAUUUGUCGGAUUAAGAAAGAUAGUGCAAAAGUUGAGGUAGUCCGAUUGGCCGAUUUGAUUAUUUGGGAUGAGGCACCGAUGACUAACAAAUUAGCAUUUGAAGCACUCGAUAGGACGUUACGUGAUAUGAUGGUUUCGGUCUCUGAUAGGAAUAAAGAUUUACCUUUUGGUGGAAAGGUGGUCGUUCGGUGGUGA